ACGUCACAGGCUGAGGCUGGAAGCUCGAUCACUGCCAAAUCCUUGUUACAGUGGAUAUCCAGACAGCGUAUCAUCGCGCGACAAAUUAGUUGAAUUAACGUGGCAAUCGCAGGCGAUUAGUGGUUGUUAAUGCUGCAAUUAUUGUUUAUAGGCGAUUUUUGGCAGUGAUGGCUGAGUUCCGGGAAUGGUGGCUUACCAGUGUGGUUGUGUUGUUUUUUGUGAUUCCGAAAGUUUAUGGUUGGGGAAAAGAAGGUCACUUUACUGUUUGCAAGAUUGCUGAGUAUUAUCUAACUGAAGAGGCUACGGCUGCAGUGAAAGCGCUGCUUCCAGAUGAGGCCGAAGGAGAGCUUGCAGCUGUUUGCGCCUGGCCAGAUGAAGUUAAACACAACCACCUCUACCGCUGGAGUAGUCCAUUGCACUAUGUCGACACACCUGACUUCAGAUGCAACUAUCGAUACUGCCGAGAUUGCCACGAUUCGUCUGGAACUAAAGAUAGGUGUGUUACUGGAGCAAUUUAUAACUACACAAUGCAGCUUGUUGCAGAUGGUGAUGAAUCUGUUUCAUCUGCUGCCAAGUACAACUUGACGGAGGCACUUAUGUUUCUCUCCCAUUAUAUCGGCGAUGUUCAUCAGCCGUUGCAUGUUGGCUUUCUUGGAGAUUUAGGUGGAAAUUCAAUAACUGUUCGUUGGUAUAGGAGGAAAACAAACUUGCACCAUGUUUGGGACACCAUGAUCAUUGAAUCUGCCAUGAAGACUUUCUAUGGUAAAGAUCUAGCAACAAUGAUACAAGCCAUUCAGAGAAAUAUCACGGACGCCUUCAUUGAUGAAUCAACUUUGAAAAAUUGCAACCAGACAGUUUGUCCAGAUCCGUAUGCUUCUGAAAGUGUUAGCUUAGCUUGUAAAUAUGCUUACAGAAACGCCACUCCUGGAAGUACCUUAGAAGAUGACUAUUUCUACUCCCGAUGGCCAGUUGUUGAGCAGAGAUUGGCCCAAGGCGGGGUCCGUUUGGCAGCCUUACUCAAUAGAAUUUUCUCCAAACAUGAAUCAACUGCAAGAGCAUCUAUCUAGCUGGAGGAUAGUUAUGAAUACACUAUUAUAUACCAUUAUAUGGACCCUUUGACCUUCUCUACUGGGUUGCACUUUCACUCACGUCAAGACGAUAUUAUGUUGCUUAGGUAGCUUUUCUGUUAAUAUUUAACAGUUAAGUCAUCCACUCCCCCUUAUAUGAUUGGAUGCCUUGGUAUUUUAGGAUAUGCUAUCCCAUCCUAUGUUGCUUGUAAGGAUUAAAUGCUUUAUUAACACAUGCAAAAACUAUGGGAAUCCUUGCCUUGUAAGCAUUGUUUAACUUAAAUAUCAAUUAUUUGUGUAUUUUUAUA